AAGAAUGUARCUAUUUGAAUGCUAGAAAAAAAUAGUAGCUCGGACACGUUUAAUUUUUCUAAAUGUAGAAUGAGUGCUAGAAAAGGUUGGAGACCCCUGGCCUACAUGAUCAAAAACACAUUGUAUUGUGGUAGGCCUAUAGGCUACUUGCUGUUAUCACAACCAGCUCUCAAAGCCUCACGUCAGAAUUAGACGUUCAUCCAUGUUUCUCAAACAUAACAUUUCGAAGUUGUUCCAAACAUCAAAUUUCGAAGUGUUUAAGGUUAAGUUCAAGUUUGGGAUAGGCUCAAAACAAUAUGUGAACAUGCAACCUUUUGAACCAGAGGCAGAUGCUAAAGCCCAUCCGCCAUCCACAACGCCCAAGCAAAACAGCGCUCACUGUUGCCUCUAGUGGGCGGUUUCCACGUCAUCUCCCGACAUCCUGAGACAUGGAUGGACGAAUACUGACUUGCAUCGUGGGUGACCUGCCUGUUUAUAAAGAGCUUUAUCCUUUAAAAAAAAAAUAUUCACCCACAACUAUCCAACCAACUUUUCAUUGUAGGAUAUGUCUAUAGGCCUAUUUCUACUUUUGACUGUCGCUCAGACCAGUGAUGCCCAAUUCCAUUCUGCAAUAUGGGUUAAGCAUGUUUUUUUCCCUGCAUAACAUUUUUGUUGAAUGUUGUUUUUAUAUAACUCCUGCCAUAGUUGUAUUUCGCAUCUUGUUCUUUUGGUAAUAUGUUCGUUUUAUGUUUAUGUGAUAUGAAUAACUCGGUAGAGUUUUUUUAAAUUAACCACACGUUUAUGAACAAUCAAAUGGUUCUCGUAAACAUUUAUUGAGGGACAUAAAACAUGAGCGACCUCUCUCCGAAUUAAGCUGCAGUGGUGAGCAAGUGUUCCGAAUCUCUACACAGUCACAAAGUUUUACAAUAUGCACCGUGUGUUAUGUGUUUGUACAAUAUAAAAGCCUCAUGUGAAUCACACAUUUGGGGUACAUUAUUAUAUUCUUCGAUCUUUAAUCUAUUGCUGCUAUUGUGCAUGUUACAACAAUGUUAUACCCAUCGAAGUCUAUACAAUGCAUUACGAUUGGAUAAAAACUCUAAAGGAAAAAGGAAUUCUUAUUUUCCAAAACUGUUUUACCUCAAGAAUUAUUCAAAUUGUCGACAAAGACAAAUUACAUCGAUAAAAAGUAUUUCAUGCACUGUGAUCAACGUACCUCAUUCUCCAAUACGAGGGGAUAAUCCGUUUUCCAUGCUUUAAGGACAACAAGGAGAAACGAAAACAUUAUAGGUGGUGAAUACUUCUUAAUGAUUGCUCAUAUAAUAUCCUUCUUGUACAUAAAUAGCAUUCAAAGGUCUGAGGUACACACACCCCUGACCUGUGACUACUUGCGCAUUAAUCCACUGUAACAUUUUGGGGUAAACAUAAUCACGUGUUCAACAGUGGCCAAUGAGAGUCAAAGACCCCGGGAUAAAUAAUUACCUGCCUUGAUUGUUCUAGGGGUAAGAUAAAAGUACACAUACACUCCAUAUAAUAAUCUGAUGCAUGUAAAAGAGACCAGAGCAUCGCCAUGUCGACCACGGGUCCCAUACGCAAUUAUUAUGUGGAUUCUUUGAUAAACCAUGAGAGCGAGGAUGUGCUGGCGUCGCGGUUCUCAGCCCCAGAGCUUCUCCCCAUCCGCUCGCGUCAGACGACAGUAGUACCAGAGUGCUCCGAUUAUCCCUCCUGCAGUUUUGCGCCGAAACCUUCUGUCUUUACCUCCUCCUGGGGCCCAGUUCACUCCCAAUCCUCAGUGGUCUACCACCCAUACACCCACCAACCUCACGCUGGAACGGACUCGAGGUAUGUUCGCUCAUGGCUGGAGCCCAUAUCUGGAACAGUAUCCUUUCCAGGCUACCCGGCUAACUGCAGACACUACGGACUCAAACCCAAUGGUUUCCCUCAGCCCAGUGCCAGAGACUGCAUCACCUCCAACAGUCGCGGAUACCCAGACUAUUUCUACAACACCUGCGUGGACAUCCGAGACAAGGCCCAGCAGAUCGUCCCUUCUCCAGAGUCGGAGGUUUUGGCUUCCGGGAAGCACAAAGACGACAAGACAGAAUUCGACCCAAGCAACCCGGUGGCGAAUUGGAUACACGCUCGUUCAACGAGGAAGAAACGGUGUCCUUAUACAAAAUAUCAGACUCUCGAACUCGAAAAAGAGUUUUUGUUCAAUAUGUACCUUACCAGGGACCGUCGAUAUGAGGUCGCUCGGGUUCUUAAUUUGACUGAGAGACAGGUCAAAAUUUGGUUCCAGAAUCGGCGAAUGAAGAUGAAGAAAAUUAAUAAAGAGAAGACAGAAAGCAAUGAGCAGUAACGUGCUGUAUGGUCAAAUUGACUUGUACACGUUCAGAAAAAUGCCACUCGUGUUCUCUCCUCUCCAAUGGUCUCUCCUCUUGAGAGCUACUGUUUUCCUUUUUGAUCUGAUAUAAUUGAGAUCUAUAGGCCUAUUCUUGACAAAGUAGCACAUUGCAAAUUGGGCCCACGUCUCUCUGUGACAGUAUGCAGCUUGUUUUGACUAUUUAUCCUUUAUUACUGCUUCAUAGUCAAGACACGAAUAGGACAUUAGUAAAGAAAUGUAUUGGGUCAAGUUGGAUAACUGUGUAUAACAAAACCUGUGUAUUUUUGUAGAUGUUACAUCUUUGGCCUACUCAAGUUUAAAUGAAUGUUUUGUACACGAAGUACAUGGAACGAGUGUCUUGUGUUUCGUCUAGGCCUAUGUGGAUAUAGAUUUUGUUGUAUGGUUUUUAUAUUAUUUUCUCUCGACGCUACAAGUUUACGUUAUACUGCAGAUUGUGCUCAUCUUUCUAUCCGAAAUAAUCUCCUUUCCUGUCUUUGUUGGGUCAUUAUUAAAACGUUAGAACCUUACCUUUAUCAUAAAUAUUAACACUUGCAAAAAUGACAUUCUGAGAUGGCUUGACAAGACAGUAGGGUACAAAAAUAUAAUUCGCAGUUGUUGUUGGGAUAUUAGUAAUUCAACAAUUCCAAUAGGCUACAGACUAGAAUUAGAUACGGACUACUCCUUAUUGAAAGCAGAUGUGUCUUUUAACUCAUUAAUCUUCCUUUUCUAUUUCCUUUUAUAAAGCACGUUUCCUGACCACUUCCA